AUGGCGCAAGUCUUCCACCAGUUCAAUUACCUGCCGGCGGAGAUUCGCGCCAGUAUCUGGGAGCUUGCCGUUGAUACGCAGCAGCGCAUCAUCACGACUUGCGAUGGCAUCAAGAUCCUAAAGGCGCCGACGCCGCCCUUGUUCCUCGUCAGCCACGAGGCCAAGGAGUGCGCCAUGCGGCAGUACCGGCGCCACCCCAACGAGUACCGGCAGUAUCCCGAUGGCGGGUGCAUCCAGACGUCGGACGCGUGCGCCGCCAUGACGGCCGAGUCCCGGGACAAGGGCCCGUACUUUGCGCCCAAGUACGACAUUCUGCUGCUCCUGCCGGGCACGGCCGACGGGUUCGGCGACGCCAUAUGGAGGCGGUUGCUGGGCAUGCCGCGCGUGGCGUUUCGAUCGCUGCAGCACGCCAACAUGAUCUUUGGGCAAAUCUCUCCGUCCAACGCGAGCGAGACGUCGGCCGUGCGCGCCAUUUGCGCCAGCAACAUUACGGAGCUGUGGAUCCUAAACGAUGAGCAACACCACCACCACAAAGAUGGCGGCGGCGGCGGCGAUGAUGGUGAUGCCAACAGCGCGGUGCGUUGGUCGAGAAAACUACCAAAGUACUGGCUGCACCCGCACUGCGAGGUCGAGAGCGCCAAUGGCGACGACUGCCAGGAUGCCGAUGGCGCGUUUCGACAUCUCUUGCGCAUGAACGGCUUUGCGCGCGACGAGCGACGUCAUGGGCCGCCGAUUCUAUGA